AUGAAGGAAGCAGCUACACCAAGUACUUCGGAGAAUGGCAUAAUUUCUGCCAAACAUGUGAUUCUUUCGCGAGAGUUGACAUCUGGGAGUGCGCAACCGACGACUUCGAAAGAAGUUGCUGAGCUUGUGCCAGCGGAUGACAAUGACUGUACCAAAGAUUCCUCUCUGAGAGCCCCGACGUCGAGUAAUGAGCAACCAACGACUUCAAAAGGAACUGCGCGUGAUGGAAAUCCUCUUCCACGCCGUCGUUUUCUGAGUCUUUCGGGGCGCCUUUUUAAUGGAGUGCUUGAGACCAGUCAAAGGGGUAUUCAUCCCGUUCUUAGAUACUCCUUACCAGGUGGAGAAUAUUGUUAUGCUUUUGCAUUCCUACGUGCCAUAAAGCGAAGUCAGGUGGUAGUUUAUCGGUGCAUCGCAUGCAAGAAGAAGGGCAUCACCAUCAGUAUUGCAGUACAGAAUGAAAGCGAAUUCAUCGGAGAUCCCGCUGAACUGGCACAUGUGUGCACCCCAUUGCUGAACGCAAAGGAUAAGGUGCAACGAAUGGUGUACCAGUCUUGCCGAGCCAUUGCGACAGAUCCAACACUUGCAGAAGCGAAACCUAAUCAGUUGUGGAAGAGUAUAGCUGAGUUAAUCGACAAAAAUGCAGCCGAUGAUGACGUUCUACGCAGCGAGAUGUUGAAGCAGUUUUACAAGGGCGGGUAUAAGUCUAGGAGCAGAACAAUUGCGAGAGCAGCAGCGAAGCUCCGCCGCGCUACUCUUGGGAACGUGGCGAGCGAACAAGAAGGUGAAGUACCAGCACCAGAAUCAAGGAUUAAAAAUUAG